CAUGGGGAAAUUCAACGAGACAAAAGAGGGUGGUCACGAUCAAGAUUUCGAGACUGGACACUUUUACUGUCGCUUGACUCGGACUCACACUGUAUCCUCAUGUGAGACUUGCCUGCAUAACUCCCUCUGAAAGGUCCCAGCUGUAGCUUUUUUUCCCUUCUUCUUCUUCACCUUCUUCAUAAAACUUAUUUUCGUGAUUUGGAGUUUCAAGAAGAUGGCCAAUGUGAGAGCAUUUGUUUGCCUCUUGGUCGUUGCUAUGGACAUACUCGCUGGAAUUCUGGCUAUUGAAGCAGAAGCUGCCAAGAACAAGGCGCAAAAGAGCAGCAAGAGCUUAGCGUGCAAAGAAGUGAGGAGCAACGCAUUCGAGCUUGCACUAGCGGCGACGGUGCUUCUCGCUCUCGCCCACGUCACCUCGAAUUUGCUCGGAGGGUGUAUCUGCAUUUGCUCCAUGGAUGAGCUCGAGAAGUCCUCCUCCAAUAGGCAGCUCUGGUUCGCUUGCCUCAUCUCCUCCUGGAUCAUCGCGGCCGUCGGAUUCCCGAUGCUGGUCAUCGGCAUGCUAGAGAACUCGAAACUGCAAGGCUCGUGCAGGUUCUUGCACCCGCAUUUCCUGUCAAUCGGUGGAGGUCUAUGCUUUGUUCAUGGUGUGUUAUGUGUAAUUCUUUACGUUUCUUCAGUUGUCAGCUUCGAGACAGACAAGGUCAGCGAACUCGUAGCUCGCCCUCGAUAGAAAACUGUGUUAGAUGUAUAUAUUUGAGGUUAGGUUGGUUGUAUUCUACAUUAAUUGUAAUUAAACCUAAUUGUCUU